AUAUCACCAUUAAGUGUUAAAAGCCAGUGAGUUUAUGUGUGGAGGUACCUAUUGGAGCAGGUAUAGUGAUGUGUUGCUCUCCUCAUGCACCAUGUCGUAACUUUGUGCAUGAUCCUGACGCUCACUGUUUUGUGCAGGCUGGUUGGUGCCUGUGUCAGUCCUACCCACCUUGCCCAAGACCUGUAGUAACACCUGUGUGUCCCAUCAGUAGUACCCUGUCCUCCCUUCCAGGCCAGGUCAUCCCAGUCACCCCAGCUGCUGCAUGUCUCUCCCCUGUAAGGGUAGAUGUGGCUCCUGCUCCAGGUAGUGUCAGCAGUCAUGGGCCAUGUUUAUUGCCUCAGUGUGUGUGUAGUGCUGGUGCUAGCGAAGAGAAAAUUAGCCAACAUUGUCAGUGUUGCUACCCAACCAGAGAACCUCAUCAAAGAUUUGAAAGUGGGGUGAAAUCUAGAGACCUUUUACGAAACCUUUUGUUACUUGGUGGAGCUGCUGCAGAAGGAGCGAGUGUAAAUGGCCAUGAACAGCUACUGAAACGAGUCAAUUCUGCACCAAACACCAGCUUUGUUGCCAUAAAACCUCAUUGGCAUGUGCCUUUAGCCUCUUCUCAUUCACUAGACACUGGGCGCUGCAUCCAUCAGACGUACCCACCAUCUAAGCUCCGUUUGCGAGCCUCUUCCUCCAGGUUAAUCUCCCAUCAUAGCUCUUCCACAGAAGAAUGGUUUGAAGAGGUUCCUGUGCAUCUAGACUCUGACAGUAUGCCUAUUUCUUCACAACUUCUGAAGCCCGCUCAGGAAAUUAGCCCUCCCUCUACACCAAAACUUUGUGAGAGUGGAGACAAACCACCACCUUCUCCACCAUCAGGAGGGUUUCCGGACAUGGACGCAGGAGCUUGGUUGCCCUCCAGCCUGACAGCAGAGGAGUCUGGAGAAAGUGUUGGUGCGUGUAGUAUGGGUGAAAGUGGAGGUGCAGACAGCAGAGGUGAAGGUGAAUGCCAUAGUACAAAGGGAACACUUGGAGUAGUCCACAGACAAUUGAGCACUGAACAGCACUCUCUCAAUAAUCUCCUUCUUGCUGAUAGUUGUGACCAACUUUCUGCUAAACAUCUAACACAGUCAGAAUCGAGUUUAAGUGUGCAUUACAGUGAAGAUAGUGUUUCCAGUAUGGGAAGGCAACUCAAAGAUGGAGAGACAGUUUCACAGGCUCCCACAUUUGACAUUGCUGAUGUAGAUCCCAGCGAUGUUAUCUCUCCAAAACCCAAUAUUAAGUGCCAAAAGUCUAGCCACAAGCCCAAUGCUGAUUUAUCUGAGCAGCCACCUGGCCAGUGCUGUUGUGUUGUGUCUUAACCUAGACUCCGUAGUGCUUCUCUUAGUGCUCAGUAAGUUAAGUGUAUUGUUUGUUUUUACAUUUUCUGAAGUGAGUACCAUUGUGUAUUUUUUUGGAAGUAAGAUUCUUAUCUGGAACUCAAGAGUUUUCUUAAAUUUGUGUGCAUUGUUCUGUAUAAAUUUCUUGCAU